CUGUAUUUAUAUUAAGAAAUUCACUGAAUAUUGAUAAGUAUCUGAUUGUGAACCCAAUUAUUAUUGCAUAUUAAUCUAAAAUGAUGAGAAAAACCCAUAAGCCUCAAAUUCUGGAUCCUCCUCUCCUCUCGUGGCCAUGUUGCUUACACUAGUCUACUCCAUCCCUUGGCUUCUUCCUUAAAUAUCCCUCUCCAUUUCAAUUCUCAUCAUUAACUCAAUUCAAGAAAGAGCUGAUCAUCUUUUCAGAAUCUCACACAUUCUAUUCUAUUGAAUUUAAAUCACAAAUUAGAAUUGCAAUCAUGAGAAUUCUUUCCCUUCCCUCCACCUCAUUUUCACUUGGUGACUGCCAUGUUCCCAAGAAUUUGACAUAUGGGAAUAUAUCAUCAGUGACAUUGAUUCCAAUGGCGAGGUCUCAAUUUCAGCCUCAAAAGAGACGUAACUUUGGCAAUAGCAAUAGAACUCCAGGCUUUAGUUGGAUGGCAACAGUGGGAGAGAAAGUGCAGGUCUCAACUGUUCCUACUUCAGUUCCAGUUCGUGUUGCACUUGAAUUACUUCAAGCUGGCCAUCGUUAUUUAGAUGUCAGAACUGCUGAAGAGUUUAGUGAUGGUCAUGCUACUGGGGCCAUAAACAUUCCCUACAUGUUUAGAAUUGGCUCAGGUAUGACAAAGAACCCCAACUUCUUGGAACAAGUGUUAAAACAUUUCGGGAAGGAUGAUGAAAUUAUAGUUGGGUGCCAGUUGGGGAAGAGAUCAUUUAUGGCUGCGACUGAUCUUCUUGCUGCUGGAUUUACUGGGGUGACUGACAUUGCUGGAGGAUAUGCUGCUUGGACAGAGAAUGGUCUUCCGACAGACUCUUGAUGUACAACAUUAAUAAGCGCAAUAACACCAUCUUAAUUACUAUGAACACUAGUCAACGUAACGAAGUCAAUUCCCUUAAGCACAUCAAAAUGCUGGAAGAAAAUACUUGUACAGUAAUUUUUAGGCGAUAUCCUAUGUGGUGAAUCUGAUAAGAUUACUGAAUUACCCAAAUAAAUAAAUAAAUUGCAAGCAAGAUGUGUAAAUGUUCUCCUCAUUCUGAUGGAAUAAAUCUGAAAAGGCUCUCAUCUGCUGACUUGCCCUGGU